AUGUUUAAACUUAUAACAACGUCUAAGCAAAAUGGAGAUAUUACAGAGACGCUACACCAGAGUAAUCUUAAUAAUUUAGGAGUAACUCCGAUUUUAAACCAACCAGAAGUCAGAUGCUUGAGAAAUUCUGAAGAAUUCAGAGCAGAAUUUAACCAUUCAGAGGUUAAAGGCAUUCGGUUUAUGAAAUUAUUUAGCAGCAAAAUAAUGCAGGUGGUUAUUUUUAUGGCGCUUUGGAGUCAAACACUAGCUUUUUAUCCAAGUGAAUGAGGAAAUGGAUAUUUCGAAGAAAGAGGAGACUGAGUCCCUUGAGAUGGUUCCUGCAAAACCUGAUUGGAUUUUACAACUUGAGAAACUUGAGAAGAUUUUAUGCGGUUAAACGGAGAAACCGGAUUAUGAGAAUCAUGUGAUGAAGACGAAUAUUAUGACCCAAUCAGAGAUAGCUGCUUAUCCUGAAUUGGGGUCUGAACUCAUCAGUGAAGAUUUCAAGCAUCUUGCUUUGAAUGCUCUUCUGAUAAAAUUUUUGAUAUUGAAACUUUGGAAUGUGUCGAUUCAUGAGACUCAGAUAAGCUAAUGAUGGCAUCUAAUCGAAUGAAUACCAACAAAGUAUGAAAGAUGCUAAGUAUCUAUGUUGACCCUGAAAGUCAGGAGCCUAUUGAGCUAGGCACUCUUGAAUACCCAUAUCGAGCUUUCAAAUCAGCUGCAGCUGAAAUAUUAAACCACUAUAGUAACACCCAAGCUGAAGUUACAAUAUUUGUGAAAGAUGGCUUUAUUGAGAUGGAUGAUUUCUAUUUUAUCAAUAUGACGAAUGUAAAAAUUACAGCUCAUCCAGAAUUCAAGGCAUUGAGAAGAAGAGCACAAAUUUCGUUCACUAGUCAACCUCAGCAUGGAAUAUCCAAGAGAGCGCGUUUCCAUCUUUUAAAGGAUACUACCAUAAACUACCACGAAGUUAUAAUGAAUGAUGAAAUCGGAGAAAGAGAGGCAUCUGAACUCUUAAAAGACAAAGUUGGAAUCUUUGUUGUCAGAACUAGCUUGGAGAUCUCUGAGAUCGAAUUCCAUAGCAACGAGUUAAAAUAUUUCUCAGUCAUAAUUAAUCUCCAAGACAAAGACAUCAAACUAUAUGAAAUGGAUUUCAAUGUAACGGGCUCUUCCCUUACCAGCCAAGACCCAAUGAAUGUAUAUCUUGAGAACAUCACUGUGGAUAUCUCAAGGCAAGGGAUUUUCUUUUAUCCGUUAAAUGUGUUCUGAAACUAUCCAGAAGCGUUUACACAUAAUAUUGUCUAUGUGAAAAAUGUGACUCCUCUGAUUUCUCUCAAAAAGCCAGUUUAUGAUUUCAGCUUAUUAAAUUCUGCUCUCCCUGGAAACCACACCAUGAUUGAUAUUGAUUGUGGAGGAGUCCCUGUUAAUCUCCAACUAGAUAUUUGUAUUGUUGUUAGCUUUAGGCCAACUUGAAUUCCUGAUGACGGAGUACUCCAAACUAUUGACUAUGACUCCAUACAUACGGAUGGGCGACCACAAGACGCUGGAGUUGGAAAUUUGAUGAUUUUGCCAGUUCUCACUAAUGCAGCUCCUUAUCGGCCUAUUCAUAUAAAUAUGACAAAUUUUGAUUUUAUCAAUAUUAUUCAAAAUUGGGAUUAUGGAGUGUUCUAUUUAUACACUUCCGGAUCUGAAAUAGCUGAAAUGAUUAACGUAAAAAUAUACAACGUUUCAUGCAGUUUAUUUUUUGCAGACUUUUUCGCUAUUAAGGAUUUAAAAAUUAAGAAUCUCACUUUUGAAAAUAGUCUGAACCAUCAAGGUGAGAUACUCAAAAUUACUGCGACUGGAAACAUUGAGCUCGAAGAUAUUAUUUUAAGAAACUAUAGCAGUCAUGGGGUUUCUAAUCCUCCGAUAUUUUCUACUCAAUUUCCUAGUACAACUUCAAUGACUAUGAGAAAUUUCAGCUUCGAAGAUAUUGAAAUAGUUUCUGCAUCGUUACUCCAUUUAAAUUCUCCACCAGUCAUGAUGACAGUAAACAAUUUCAUGUUUAAGAAUUGUAAAACACCAGAUGAUAAAUCUUUGCUAAGCUUCGAUUACAUAAAUUCAAUUACAGUUUCUAAUAUUACACUUGAGAAUGUUAACCCCAUGAGUUCUGUUGGACAAACAGAGAAGAUUAUAAGAAUUGGUUCUCUAAACUAUGAAGAAAUGCAUACUGCUGAAUUUUUAGACAUCACAGUCUUGAGUUCUUCUCUGUCAUUGUUUGGGAUCGGAAGCUUUACAGCUUUAUCAAGCUCAGAGAGAUAUAUCUCAUUCAAUAAUAUAACAUAUUCUGAAUGCAACAUCCCGUCUGUAAGGCCAUUGGUUUCGACUGAUAGAUUUACAGGAGAUUUUAACUUGCAUAUCCAGUUUCGAAAACUCAAAUUUAUCAAUAUAGAGUUUGCUAUCGCUGGAUCUUUAAUAGAGCUGGAACACCAACUUCCUACUGUUGUAAAGUUUGAAGAAUGCUUGGUUUCUGGAGUCAAUUCUGGGGUUAUUGAAGCUGUAGGUAGGAAAAUAUCAAGCGCCCUUAACAUGAAAGUCAUAUUUGUAAACUCUGCAUUCUCAAACAUAACACUUCUCAUGAAUCCAUUUAUCUCAACAAGACAGAAUAUGAUUAUUGAGAUUGAGAAUAGUUCAUUCACUGGCUUUACGUCAAUGAGUGUUAUUGCAGGAAUACUCGGAGCAUCUGACAGGUCUGUGGUUACAAUUAAGAAUACACUGUUCAAAAAUAACUCAGCUAUUGUAUCACCAAUUUUCAGAGCGGAAACUGAAGCAAGUAUUAUUUGAGAAAAUUGCAAAAUCUCUAACAACUUCGGAGUCACAAAUGGAGUCUUUGAAAUCGAAUCAGGAUCAGUGUUGAAAAUAUUUAAUAGUGAAAUUUUUGAAAACUAUGCAAUACAUUAUGCAGUUGGUACAUUCUUAUCUGCUUUUACUCCCUCAAUAAUCAGCGAAACUCGAAUUUAUUCCAAUAAUGUAAUGUUUGAAAGCAAUUUAACUGUAGAACUUACUUCUAGUUGUGCCAGACUCUGAUUUUUGAAUGAUUUGAUAAAAAGUUAUGUUACAAACUUAAAUUUUACGACUAUUACUCAGAAAGACACUCUGAUGCAAGUACUUUUAGCUGAGGUCCAUAUUGUGAGUAAUACACAAAUAUACAAUGCCACUUCCGUUGUAUACAGUCUUUCUUCUGUUUUGUUGGUAGAGAACUCUUUGAUAUUUGAUAUAAACUUUGUAAAAUCUCCAAUGAAUCUGAUUUCAACAGAGACAACUCUAAGCAAUCUAACCAUAGCCAAUUGAUCAAAGUUGCAAACUGAAGACGAAAUUGCAUUUAUUCAAAUAACAUCUGGGAAUUUGAUAUCCUCAAGUUUAAAGCUAUUCAACGCUAAUUUCAAAGUUUCUCAAUUAUCAUUCUCAAGUGGAACAAUGACCAAUACCCAAUUGACAAAUGUAGUGAAUGAUGAAGGCCUUAUUAAAUGCUUUAAAUGCCAAAAAUUUGAGCUAGAUACUCUGUUGUUAAUAAAUUCUUAUUCGGUAUCAGAUCCUUUACUCAAUCUCAAAGAGACUCUUAAUGUGAAGUUGAGGAAUAUUAAACUCUUUGGAUAUAAAUAUAAGCUGGCUCAGUUUUCAUUCUCCAAUGCUACUUUGAUACAAAAUUUAGAUAUCAGUGGUGGAAAGCAGACUCUUGAAUUCAAAGAGUCUAACCUCCUCAAGAUGAAAAACUGCAAAUUCUCUGAUAAUAAUGAAGAUACUGGAAUAAGUAGAGGCGGAGCCAUUCAGAUCUUUAAUAGCAAAAUAAAUAUUGAAAACACAACUUUCAUAAACAACUCUGCAUACUUUGGAGGUGCCAUAGCUUUCGAGUGCACAAGUUUGGCUAACUGAGAAUUAAAUAUUGAGAACUCCAGAUUCUGAAAUAAUAGUGCUCAAGAGAGAGGAGGGGCAAUCUACUAUAACUACAACUAUCCAAGAAUUAAAAAUACCGAAUUUGUUAACAAUGAAGCAGACUAUGGACCGAACUUUGCUAGUUAUCCUGCAAAGAUAGGACUUGCAAAUAGUUCUCUUGGUGAAGAUAUUAUUGUGAACAACAUCGGAUCAGGAAUCAAAAUUGAUCAGAUUUUAACUCUUGCACUUUUUGAUAUGGACAACCAAAUAAUGAACCUGGAUAAUUCAAGCCAGAUCAUCAUCCUACCAAGGAAUACAUCUGAAGCUAGUAUAAAAGGAUUCAAUAUAGUUUCAACAGAAAAGGGGAUAGCCCAGUUUGACAACAUUGCAGCUAUUACAAGAGGGAGGAUUCUGAGUACAAAUUUUACUCUUAGUUCAAAAUCAAUAAAAACUACCAAAGUUGAAGAGGUCAUAGGAACUUUGCUCCAUCAGGAUGACCUCCAAAUCAAUUUCAGAGAUUGAAAGCCAGGGGAAAUAAUGGUUGGAGAUCAAUGAAACGUAUGAGCUGCUGGCACAUACUCGCUCAAUUGGAAUGCGACUGAAUGAACAAACUGAGACCUAGAUGCUGAUUGAUUAGGAGGCGCUCAAAUAUCAGUGAAAUCUGGGUAUUGGAGGAGGUUCCAAAAUUCAAGCAAGAUUGUUGAAUGAAUCUAUAAAGAUGCUUGUCUUGGAGGAUUUGUAGAUGAAAACUUUGAUAAUCAAAUUUCAAAUUCCAAGAGUAGCAAUCCAGUAAAAUGUGCACAAGGAUAUCACGGAAAUCUCUGUUCCCAAUGAGUUGUAACUGGAGAUGUAAAAUAUGAGAGAGUUAAUGACUACGAAUGACAGAAAUGCCCAAAUCUAAUACUGAAUGCUAUCAAAGUUGUAUUCACAAUUCUUAUUGUCUUACUAUUUUUCAUAUUUAUGGUCAUCAUUAAUGUGAGGAAAACUGAUGAGAGCGAACUGUCAAUCCUUCUAAGAAUUCUUACUAAUUAUAUCCAGCUUAUAACUGUAUCAAUGUCAAUUACUAAUGACUAUCCAGCUGGAUUUCUUUCGUUAACUAUUCCAAUGAGAUUAUUUGGAUCAUCUACAGAUUCAUUAAUCUCAUUUGAUUGCUUUAUAAAGGAUGCAGAAAUGAAAUUUAUUUUUGACUCUAAUGCAAUCUUUAAACUGUUCCUGAUGUUCUUUUUGCCAAUAGCCUUGUUCAUUACUAUUGCUGUAAUGUGGAUCAUAAUUAAAUGAAUCAGGCCAGCUUGGUGCACAGACAUGAAAAGAGCUCUUGCUAUCUCUUUCAUUACUAUCGUCUUUAUCUUGCACCCAAAACUAACUGAGAAAAGUAUAAGCAUGUUCAAAUGUAUUGAAAUUGAUGAAGGAUACAGUGUGGCAAGAAUAGAUACUAACAUUGAAUGAUUCUCAACAACUCAUUUGAAAUGGUGACUAAUAGUCGGAGCACCAAUAAUAAUAGUCUGGGUCAUUGCUUGACCCUUGAUAGGAUACAUUGCUAUCUUCAACAAAAGGGGAAAGCUGAACAGUAAAAUCAUGCAAUACUUCCUGAUGAUCUAUCAAGGAUUCAGGCCUCAAGUUCUAUAUUGGGAGUUUGUUAAUACCCUCAGGAAAAUUGCACUCUUACUGGUUCUCCUCUUCGAGCUCAAAGUAGCAAUCAAUUUGUCUUUGAUAAUACUUCUAUUAACAGCUCGACUUCAAAUCAAGGUGAAGCCUUACAAGAUUGUCAUCAAUACUAAGUUUGUUGCAGAAUGGCUUCUAAUAUUAAUGAAGCUAUAUGAGGACAAGAAUAAAUUUGUCCGCACUCUCGUGUUUUUCCUCUCCAAUAUUGUGUGAAAAGGAUCCAAAACCAGAGAAAGAAAAGAGGCUAAACCAAAACUCAAAACAUCUGAAAUGAAGAAGCAAGGGGAAAAUGCAGAAUCUACUGGUUUACGAAAAAGAAAAUUAAAAAAGUCAAAAUUAAUCAAGAAGAGAAGGAAGCUUAAGAAAAGAUUUUGCAAGAAAGUGAAAAAGAAUGCUCGUGAGCAUCUACCUCAUUUUGAAAAUGACGAACAAGGUAUUGGACCUCUUGCAUGCUCUCCUUGAGUAUUUUUAAUCAAUCAACUACCCAAAUUAUCGAAGGAGCAAAUGGGAAUGAUCAGAUUAGUAUCCGCACAGUAG